AGAAAAGCAGCGUUGGCAAGCGCAAAGCAGCGUGCGCGUUUCUCAAUACAGAAGCUUGUGGUGCUGUUCCGCGGAAUCCUUUUUGGUGUCGGUCUUUGUUUGCAGGGUAGUUUGAUGAAUGGUACAUAGGCGCAAAGUGCUUUUUGUCCAAGUCGAUUUGAUCCAGUACUUAUGUGGUGACUAGUGAAGCGAGAAAACCGGAGCAAGAAGUAGUUUUCAGUAUACGGAUAAUUCUUUCUACGAACAUCUAAACCAACAUGCUCUCCGUCCCGUCAGUUGCUUUGCUCCGGGCGGCCCGAGCCGGGAGUCCACCCUCACUGACCGCGGAUCUGCGACUCCCGUUUGCAGCAACCUGCAGCCGAGCCAUUUCCAACCUCUCCCUUCCACGAUUCCGCAACAAAUGGGACUACGUGCUGCACCAGGGCGACUGGCGUCGACCGGAGGACUACGCGAUUCCCACCGUCAUGGCGAAGGAAAAGCCGAAAAUACCAACGGGAAAAAAGGAAAUGGCGGAGAAUGUAAGCGUGUUACCCUUGUCCGCGGUGAGGGAGCUGAAGAAGCGAGGGAACAGCAGCAAUUAUGGCGCAGUAGAAGCGGAAGGUUCAGUAUCUGCCACAGGAACACCUUUUACAACGCAAUCCGACAGCACGUCAGAUCACAUCCUCCAAUCCACCAGCGCCACGAGUACAUCCGAGGAGCUCGGCAUAGAUAUCAGAAAACAGGAUCUCCCGGUGUCCCUCCAGCGCAACGGACUCACGCCAGAGGAGGCGAAGAAGCGAAACUUAAAACGGCACGGGUCGGAGGUGCCAGACCGGGCGGAGCGGGUUACGACGGUGUACAAUCCGGAUAACUUCGACGACAUGCCGGAACUGAAAUCGGAGUACUUUCUCUUUGCGGACUACUGCCUGUGGGCGGCGUACGCGGUGUUGUGGUCGGUUGCGUUAUUCUCGCUGUACGUGGUGUUCGGGAAAAAUCCGAAUUUGAAGGAAAACCGCUGGAUUUGGAACGUCGGGGAGUACGUCAGUCUGUUCGGCAUCGUGAUGAGCAUCUUCAUGUGUUGGGCGGUCACCACUGGGGCGAGGUGAGGUUGAGUUUGUAACUUCCUUUCAUUUUGUUUUUGCCUUGGGUGUUGAAAAAGAUAGAGUGAGUUGCUCCGAUCAUGACAGAACAAGCCGUUUUGAAGAUGACAGCUGGGAAAGGUUGUCAGAGUGGUUUCCGUGUAUGCAGGAAGACAGCUUAGAUAGGCGCAGAGAAAACGAAAGGAGCGUUCGACGAGCCAACGAAU